AUGCAUUUCAACGCAGCUACCAUUCUUGCAUUGGCCGCGGCCGUCUCUGUCUCCGCCAGGCUUGCCUCACGCCAGCAGAGCGAGAUCGACUUCGCCGGCGAUAUUCCUGACCAAUGUCAGAACGACGAGUCUUGCGGGAAAUUCAUCAACACCGCAGCCAAUUGCCCGCGCGACCUCAGCGUGCCAUUUACACAGGACAAUGACUAUCUCGAUUGCAUCUGCGAUGACAAGCAGGAGCUCAGGCAGUGCUACACGGGCUGUGUCAGCACCUACAAGCGUGAAGGAGAUGUCAAGAAGGCUUACCAGCUUUGCUCUACCAACCGCCGCAGUGGCAGUGGCCGUGGCGGCCGUGGCGGCCGUGGUCGAACUGGCUCUGACGACUACGAGGUUUCCGAUGUUUCCAAUCGUAACCCUAUUUCCGGUGUUAUCCGUGACUACGAUACUUUCGAUCACUACGAUGACGACGAUGCUUCCAACGGUCGUGACUGA